AUGACCACCACGACGACAUCCAUGACCAAGACCUCCAUGACCACGACCUCCAUGACCACGACCUCCAUGACCACGACCUCCAUGACCACGACCUUCCAUGACUCGACAACACCAGCGCGCCCUCCACCAAGCACAAGCACAGCCAUGGCCACCCGCUCCCUCGACAUUCUCUGCUUCGGCGACUCCCUCACCUCGGGCUUCUACGCCUACGGCCUCGGGUCGCACCCGUACUCCAUCCGGCUCCAGGCCAGGCUGCAGGCCGCGCUGCCAGAGACAACCGUACGCGUCCACACCAACGGCCGGCCGGGAGACUACGCAGCCUUUGACGGCUUUCGAACCAGGCUCGAGGCUGAAUGCAGCAAACAACACUUUGACUGGGUCAUCAUCCUAGGAGGCACAAACGACCUGGCGCUGCACGUGGAGCCGCCGCAAAUGUACGCAGCCUUCCGGCGCAGCUGGGCGAUACCGCUUUCCCAAGGCAGCCGCGUGCUCGCUCUGACUGUCCCGGAGACCGAGUGCCGAGCAGCUCGGCUCGUGAGCGAGAGGGCCCAUCUCAACCGGCUGAUCCUGGCGCACCGGGAACCAAACUUUCAUUCCUUCGAUCUUCACUCCAGCCUGCCUUUCCACUCGUUGUCGGACGAUGAAAAAUCCAGGUACUGGGACGACGGGGUUCAUCUGACGGACAAGGGGUACGACUGGAUGGGCGGCCUGGUUGCCGACGCGCUGCUGGAAGCCUUUUCCUCUGCCGAUUCCGCGGAAGCGACGUGUCCUCGGUCGCAGGGCCCAAACUCGCCCGGCACGGCGCGCCAUGAAGCUCUGCUUGAGGAAGAGGGCGGCGACCCGCGCAAGCUCAGCGAGGGAUACGUGGUGGUGCGGAAGAAGGAUCUGUGGUAA